CAUUUCUAUAUCCCAACUUAUCAUUAUACGAUAUUAACUCGUCGGACAUGGGCAACUUUAAUGUCGCUUUGACGUCUUAAACCGUAUAUUGCUUAUUUGAUCGAUAUAUUGUUGAUAUAGAAUCGUUAGACCUAUAAUAAGUAGUAUUGCAGGAACAGUAUUCCUUUGCAUUUUUUAUUAAUAAAACAUGAGCCAGAUACAUCAGUAUUUUGCUAGUGUUAAAUGACAUUAAAAGACAAUGGCAGAUGAUGAAGAAGUUGAAGAAGGCGAGGGUGUAGAAGCAAUUCAAAGUGCAACUGAAGUGAGUCCUGUUGAAACAGAGAAGCCACUAGAACCUGCAAAGUAUGAAGUACGGCCAGGACUUGGAGAAAAAUUCCAGGCUCAGAAUGUGAGAGAUUUGAUCAACAGAACUAUGAAGGAGCAGUUAAUGGGUCGGCAGUACCGCUCGGACCAGGCGCCCAAGUGGGCUAAGAGUAUAGCUAAUGCGGUACGACAGAGAGUACAAGAUCUUGACAUGAAAAGAUACAAAAUUCUAGUACAAUCAACAAUAAUAGAAAUGAAAGGUGCGGGUGUAAAGUGCGGGCAGCGGUGCAUCUGGGACCCUGAGACUGAUGCCUACGUCGACGACUUAUUUAGGAACGACACGAUGUUCUGCUAUACAAUUGUGUAUGGACUUUAUAUGUAUUGAUAUUUAAAUUUAUUAUAGUGAAGUAAUAAAGUGAACUGAAUUAAUGUUAUUGAUGAAAU